CUUCUCACAAAGAUUACAUAACUUUUCUUUUUCAACAAUAAGAUUUACACUAUGAACAUGGGUGAUGGGACUAACGUGAACAAAAACAACAAACGAGUUGCUUUCGAGAACAAACACUUUGAUGAUGAUGAUGAGUGUAUGAUUUGUUUCGAGUCAUUGGCUGAUGAUCGUACCCCUGUCAAGCUUCGAUGUGGCCAUCACUAUCAUCUCCAUUGCAUCGGAUCUGCGUUCAAUGCAAUUAACAUGAUGCAGUGUCCAACGUGUAAGCGAGUGGAACAAAGUGAAUGGUUGUUUGCACGCAGAUCUGAUCCAAGUCGUGAGUCCCGUGUACCAAUGGUUCAGCCACUCAUGGGACUGACAGGUCUACCGGUCAGGCGUAGAUUAGUGUUUCCAUCUCUUGGGAGACAACUUGAUCAGGUAGUAGCAACCAACAGAUCUCGUAAUCGUGAGUCUUCCUUGGAGCUGACGGCACAGCAAGAGAUAGCAGCAAACAUAUCCCGUACUACUCUUGCAGGUAAACGAAGCUGUGGAGAAGGUGGAAGCUGCAGCCAUGGUGGAGGAAGCAGUACAGAUGGGAUGGUGACAUUAGCAACUUCAAAGGGUGGUGAGACGAGCUGAAGUGGUGGGUCCAAAUAGUUCUGGCCCAUGAGCUAUGGAUUAAAGCCAAUAUUUUUAUGAGUUUUUUAAAUAAUUUAGACCUAAUAUGUAUUUUAAUUUUGUUUGGGGCAAACUCUAUAUUAUAUCAAUUUGGUUUAUGUUAAU